CAUCUGCGCUCAGUUUUCUCACAAACACCAUCUCUGUUUGUCUCUCAGGAUUCUCUUGCGUUUGCUAUCUUUCUGUGUGGCUAAGCAUUUUGGGAUCAGAUCUGGUAAGUUAUUACGUUUUAUUUGCAGAUUCUUCGUCAACAUUUCAUCCUAUUUUUAGUCCAGUUGCUGCUACUAUCUUUGCUCUCUCAACACCAUUCCCCCUUUUUUUUUACAGAGUUUAAUUGUGCUGGCCGGCUCAAAAGGGGGAAUUUUGAAGAGAAAUGACAGUUGGCAUUAACCCUUGAUUUCACUAGUAUCUGCUAUUCAUCUUCCAAGAAAUAUCCUCUUGACUCUCUAAUUGAUUUGCCCACUUUAUAUUCUCUCUUGUCCGUGGCCGGCUCAACUCUUCUAAUCAGAAAGAAAGUUCAGCCUCUACAAUCGCGCAAUUAAGCUACUUCUAAUUUUUGCUUGGCCCUAGUGUCUCAACUUCCUUUAAUUUCUUGUGCUAAUCCUGCAGGUACAUGUAGACAAGUCUCCUAAGUGAUCAUAUUGGAAUCAUAUGCUAUUCUUCUGGGGAAAUAUCCAUCAACCCCACUGAAAAGCAAAAUUAGGCUUGCAAUUGCAGAUUUGCAGAUCUACUGUUUACUUUAAUUUGCUUGGCCUAAUUUUGGUACCAGUGUCCAACGUUCUUCGAUUUUUUUAGCUAAAGUUGCGGCAGGUACACUAUUUAUCUAGAUCUUCAAUUUUAAAUUUCUCUAUUGAGGAAAUCCCCAAAUUGGAGAACUUGAGAAAUUUCUUUUAAAAAAUAAAAAAUAAAAAGGAAAGAAAAAGGAAUCUCGACGCGUACUAUCACCGGGAAACCGAUUUUGCCAGUUUUUCGAUUUUUUCAACGUGUUCAGACGGGAAACUUCUUCGCCGGUUUUCUCUCCUUCACCGGUUUUCUCUCCUUCACCGGUCUUAAAUCAAACCUUGAAGCAUCCCAGAUCUCUUCGCAACUCCAACUGGUUUUCCGAAAAGAUUCUGAGAACCGGUCGGCUUUGAGAAGAAGCGCAUCGAGGACAGCUUGAUUGUCCAGCAAAACCAUUUCGUCUCCGAAAAAUCUUGAAGCUUAGACGUGGACGAUGUCUGAUAUAUCGGUCUCGUCCCACCCGCCUUAUCUCAGAACCGACCCGAUUUGUUCAAUGUACUCCUAGACCCAUUUGGGAAUUUCGGAUCUCGGCAUUUCGAAGUACCUUUUCGGCGACGAACUCGAAGACCAGGAUGAGUUUCUCCAGUGCCGGCCAUGUCGCUCCAGAACUCGACCCAUCUUGGGUUGGGGCUUGGUGGGGCCCACUAAAGGUCAGCUGUAAAAAAAGAAUUAAAAGGGGAUUGGAUGUCUGACCGUGUGGUGGUUAACGGUCAACAAACUUUCUGUUACCUCAAAUUGGACGGAACUUGGACAGGGUAACGAUAUUGAUACAUGUUUUAAUAAUAGAAAGAGGACAUACCUAGUUAAUUAAUAGUAGGAAUUUUG